ACGCACUGAAACAAAAUUCAUAAAGGGGGGAAAGAGAGGAAGGCACGAUUCCUUCUCGUCAGCCCAACAGGACCGCCAGCAGGACCGGAAGACGAGGAUCGAGAUGAGCGCUCCUGGAUACCAUACCCUCAAGCAGGAGCGUGGAGAUAGUCCCGGCAGUGUCGAGAUGGCCGAGAUGAAGCAUGGCAGCGGAGGGGCUAGUGGUGCAAGCGUCGCCGAUGAUGCACCGAGACAGGCUGCGAGGGUGGAUACGUCCGAGUCGAAUGACGACGAAGCGACGACGAAGCACAAGGAUGCACUGUCAAAAGAUGAGCUCCGGGCUCUGCUUGCACGCAAGCCGACGCUCGACGACCUCUUCUUUGACCUCCUCUUCGCCGCCGCCCUCUCUGUCUACAACUCCAACGUCGCGCUCGACUCAAUCUCACAGGUGGCAGGGUACAUGGGCAUCUUUGCCCUUCUCUGGUGGUCAUGGUGGACCCAAGUCAUGUACGAUGUCCGCUUUCGAACGGGCAAGGAUAUGCGCUUCUCGCUCAAGAUUGCACACCGCAUCGUCAGGGCUGCUUUGCUGGGCAUCUGGCUUGCGUUCAGCACUACCUCUUCCGAGUUCGCCCGUCAGAGCUUCACAAAUUUUUCCACCAUCUACGCCCUCAGCCGUGCUGUCCUCGCCAUUGAUGAGCUUUUGAUCGUCAUCGAGACUGCACGCGACUGCGAUAUCUUCCAACGGCCAGGCCAGCACCGCCGAAGAGCAUACCGCACGUUCUGGAAAAAGACGACACCGCACUGGCUCUGUAUCACUGCCAACAUUGUCGCCUUGAUCCUAUGGGUCACGAGCCGACUCGAAGCCGGGGAUGAAGGGCUCUCGGGCGCUCAGUUGGGGAUGUGGAUGGCCGGCAUUGGCUUCGAGCUGGUUGUUCGCGUCUUUGUCGAAGCAACAGACAUGCUCCCGCCGCUUAUGAACACCUCGAUUGCCGAGCGGGUCUCUCUGCUCCUUCUCAUCAUCUUCGGCGAAGCAUUUCAGGGCAUUGGCACAGCCCUCAACAACAUCAGUCCGGGAGGCAGAGACUGGGAGCGAGGAGGAAUCCCCUCUGGCGGCUGGGGAACGCACACCAUCAUCCAGGCCGUUGCAACACUUGUCAUCAUUCUUCUCCUUUUCCACAGCUACUAUAAGGGAACAGCGGUCGGGGGUGAGGUUCGUUCGGCAGAGAUCGAAAACACCUCCAUCGUUGUCUUCAUUUGGGGCACUCUUCACCUGAUCCUCCACCUUGCGUCCGCUGUCAUCGUCGUCGGCAUGAGAAAAAUCACCCUCUUCAUCAAUACUAUCGAAGCUGCCGAUCGCUUUCUCAGCAGCCCCCAGGAAUACGUGCCGCAGACGCCCGAUUGGAGUUCCUUCACCUCGGACAAGGUCGUUGGCCUUUUUGCUGAUUCGAUUCCAAGCGUGUCGAACAUCACCGAUUACUAUGAGCGUUCACUCGUCUCGAUGCUAAGCGUCAUCAUUGGAUCGAAUGGUGCGCAGAUCCCACAGGUGGACACGGCGGACGGCAUUGUCAAUGCCACGCUCCUCUUGAGCUCGAACAACGUCACAAUCCCCUCGUCGAUCUCUUCUCAGCUCGGACAAUUUCCAGUCAUUCAGCAACAGGCAAUCAUCACCGAUAGCCUCGAUGUGUAUGCCGGCAAACAAAUCUUCCAGUAUAAGUAUGUCUACCUCUCUGCGGCCAUCUAUCUCUUCUCCGACCUCGUCCUCAAGGCGAUACAGGGUCUCUCGCUGAUCCGAGAACGGGACUUGGGCCUGAUCGGCAACCUCGCUAUCCGUUUUGUCUUUGCAAUUGUCCUCGCCCUCAUCCAGAUCGUCUACAUCAAAAGUGACGGUCCUCCAACCACCGCUACAUUGUACGGUGGCUUGGCAAUCUGCGCGGCGCUGCUUUGUGUCGAGCUCCUCAUCCAGCUCAUCUUUGAGCGCUACACCGAGAAGAGAAAGGGACGGUUGACAACCUUCCGCCUGCGAUGAGACUCCCUCAUACCUUCCCUAUCCUGCUUGCAUCGCUUCUUCGCUCGCCUCUGGGGCUUAGCGGUGCAUGCUGUUCGAUGAUUGACUCUUUCUUGGAUGUAAUAUGUUGGAUGUAAUAUACUCUUCAGUGUGAUCUCAAAUCUAUGUUACCUC